AUGGAUAGCCUCUUACCUUUCGAUCACCAAUUAUACUCUCUCUACAUGGACGACAUGAACAACAGCCAGGGUUUCUACAUAACUCCGUCCGAAGACGGUUCCGCGUUGGUGGCGGGCGUCAGGCCGGUCGCCGGAGAUCACUCCGGUGACGACCACCGCGAGAGGGCGGAGCGGGCCGCCAGAUUUGCGGUGGACGAGCACAACAAGACUGCAGCAGGGGAAAAGGAUUUGCUGGAAUUCCACGGGAUAAUGAAUCUCAACUGGCAACCGACGGUGUGCGCCAUGUACUACAUAACCAUGCAGGCGACGGAUUCCGACGGCGAGCCGGCUUACUACGAGGCUAAAGUAUGGGAGAAACUCAGCAGUGGGUAUAAAGUGGAGUUAUUCAGGCCAGCUCCCUACUGUUUAAAACGUAUAGGUAACUAA